AUCAAGGCCACUGGAUAGUUUGCCAAGAACAGAUAUAUGCAAGUUCUCUUGCUAUUUACGCUUCUCACAGGCCGAGGUAGCGUUCGUUGCCGAGGCGAAGACCAAAGACCAUGGCAGGUCAACCGUCGUGCCUGUCGGCGGCUGCUCAUAAAUAGCUCAGGUCUUUCCAGCCUACCCAGAGUGUCUUGAAACCCUCAGCCAAUAGUUAUACCAAACCUCCAAACUUGGAGAUCCGUCAGCAGUCAUUGGCCUAUCAUGAAGUUCCAACUGACAAACUUGGCCUUGGCCAUCAUCCCCUUGGGAGCAAGCUGCACUUCCCUCCCCCGGGCAAACCCUCGGCAACCCCUCGCUCACCGAGAUGAGACACUUCCCAUCUAUAAGAACUCCUCAUACUGCGUGGACGACCGCGUAGAGGACCUCCUACAACGCAUGACCAUCGAGGAGAAAGCCGGCCAGCUCUUCCAGAGCAUGCUCCAGCCGGGUCCCAAUGGCACUCUCGACCCCGGCGACGCGACGGGCAGCCGCAACAGCACUGACAACUUGAUUGGCGAGAAGUACAUGACGCACUUCAACCUGGCUGGUGACAUCGUCGACGCGAAGCAGGUCGCCGAGUUCGUCAACCGCGUCCAGCAGCGGGCCGCGGAGACCCGUCUCGGCAUCCCAGUCACCCUGUCGACGGACCCGCGCCACAGCUUCACAGAGAACAUAGGUACCGGCUUCCGGGCCGGGGUCUUCUCUCAGUGGCCCGAGUCCUUGGGUCUCGCCGCGCUGCGAGACCCGUACCUGGUGAGGCAGUUUGCCGAGGUCGCCCGCGAAGAGUACAUCGCCGUCGGCAUCCGGUCCGCGCUCCACCCGCAAGUCGACCUCGCAACUGAGCCUCGGUGGGCGCGCCUGGGUAACACCUGGGGCGAGGACGCCAACCUCACGAGCGAGCUCCUCGUCGAGUAUAUCAAGGGCUUCCAGGGCGAAGGCAAGGAGCUGGGGCCUUAUAGUGUGACGACGGUCACUAAGCACUUCCCCGGCGCCGGCCCCAUGGAGAACGGCGAAGACUCCCACUUCACCUAUGGGAAGAAUCAGACGUACCCCGGGAACAACUUUGAGUACCACCUCAUCCCCUUCAAAGCCGCGAUCGCAGCGGGCGCGAGGCAGAUGAUGCCGUAUUACUCGCGCCCGAUCGGCACCGAGUACGACCCCGUCGGCUUCUCUUUCAACAAGCAGAUCGUCACCGGUCUCCUAAGGGAAGAACUCGGCUUCCAAGGAAUCGUGGUGUCAGACUGGGGCCUGAUCACGGAUACGGUGAUUAGCGGACAGGACAUGCCGGCCCGCGCGUGGGGCGUAGAGAACUUGACGGAGCUCCAACGCGCCGCCCGGAUCCUCGACGCCGGUGUAGACCAGUUCGGCGGCGAGCAGCGCGUCGAGCUUGUCGUCCAGCUUGUGAAAGAGGGCAACGUCACCGAGGAUCGCAUCGACGUUUCCGUUAGACGCCUCCUCCGCGAGAAGUUCCUCCUCGGCCUCUUCGAUAACCCCUUCGUCGACCCCGAGGCCGCGGCCAGAAUCGUCGGAAACGACUACUUCGCCCGUCUUGGCAACGACGCCCAGCGCAGGGCCUACACGCUUCUCACGAACAAGGACGGCAUUCUGCCCCUGAAGCAUCUGGGCGCCGAGACCAAGUUCUACAUCGAGGGCUUCAACGCCACCUUCCUCGAAGCUCGCAACUACACCGUCGUCGAGACGCCCGAAGAGGCAGACUAUGCGCUUCUGCGUCUCCAGGCGCCGUACGAGCCCCGCCCCGGCGGCUUCGAGGCCGCGUACCACGCCGGCUCCCUCGAGUUCUCGGACGAGGAGAAGGCGCGCCAGGCGGCCAUCUACGCGGCAGUGCCCACCAUUGUCGACGUGAUCCUCGACCGCCCCGCGGCCAUACCCGAGGUGGUCGACGCCGCCGCCGCCGUUUUUGGCAGCUUCGGCAGCGGGUCCGAGGCGUUCCUGGACGUGCUCUUUGGCAUCGCGGCCCCAGAGGGGCAAUUGCCUUUCGACCUGCCGCGGUCGCAGCAGGCCGUGGAGGAUGCGAAGGAGGACGUGCCUUUCGACACGGAAGACCCGGUGUUUAGGUUUGGCCACGGCUUGAGAUAUGCCGGAAAAUGCGCCGCGUGACCUGGCGGGGUGCUGGGUUGACGAAGAUAUGAAACGGCAAUUAUGUUGGAAUUACCGAGGACAAGUUGUAACGUGUCAUGCCAACAGACGAUGAUGCUUUGUUUUUGCAAUUUAGAACCGAUUAAUCUAGGCCUAGGGUCGCCUGAUCGAUAAUACUAGUAAUGGGAAACACAGUGCAUAAUACAAUAAUCCCUCUUCCAAGCUCAACUCGUGGCCUCGCCAUGGUGAAAGUUUCUCCCCUGGGCCAUCACUUCAUUGGCCGGGAUGCCGACUAGAUACUCACU